AGAUGUACAGUGUGAAGAAUGAUAACGACUGGAUGAUAUAUUUGUAACCCUUGAACAAAAUUUAAAAAAAAAAACGAGGAGCAUGUGGCACCCUCUUCGGGUCGAUUGCACAAUGCUGAACCGUAGAGGGUGCUGGACUUUUUAUGGGGCAACUUCGGAAGGUAACGCUAGGACGUAGAUAGUCCUGUGAUGACGUCAUGAAUUUGGUGAAGCUCGUGGUGCUAGGUGCGCCUGCUGUCGGAAAAACCUCCAUCAUACGCCAGUUUGUGUGGAAUGAAUUUACGGAUGAAUAUAUCACAACAGAGAUCAAACAAUUAUUCUUCCCUUCUGUUUUUAUAAACGAUCACUUGUACGAGAUGAAAAUCUCAGACGUGCCCACAAUUCCCUAUUUUCCCGCCAAUUCCUUCCACGAGUGGACACAGCUCAAGUUGCACGGGUUGCGAAGCGCUCAUGCAUACAUUCUCGUAUUCGACCUGACUUCCCCGGACACAUUCCAGUAUGUGAAAAACCUUCGGGACCAGAUCUUUGAAACACGUAACAUGCAGAAUGUCCCAGUAUUUGUGGUGGGCAAUAAGCACGACCUCAGUGUGUCACGUGAUCGGAGAGAAAUAGCGAGUCUAGUCAAGAAACACUGGAAGUGCGGUUACAUAGAAUGCUCAGCGCGGUAUAACUGGCAUAUAGUGUUACUGUUUAAGGAAAUAAUGAAAGCACUGGAUGACGUCCAGUUUGGUCAGAAACCUGGUUCCGCCACAGUCCGCUUAGAAGGACUCAGAAGAAAUAAAUGUGUGAUAUUGUGAUGUUCUUGAACAAACUGUGGGAUUAAUGAUUAGCUGAGUCUGCAGUUUUUGUCAAUAGUAAUAUAUGUUUAUUAGGCCUGAAGCUACUUUAAGACCACAUUGGAACAGCCAGUACUCUCGAAUGCGUUCUGCUCAGGCAACAUUUCUACAGUCAGUAUUGUUGGAUGUAACCUUAAUGCUACAUAUGAAUAGUAUAUAUUGUUGAAAACUUUUUUUAAGGUUACACUUGUUCAGUCGAAUCAGUAUUGUUGAGUAUGUUUAUUUAAGGCUACUUUCGUAUGAUCGGUAUUGUUGAGUUAUUUAUUGCGCACAUGUCUAAUAGUCAGUGUUGCUUUAGGGUCUAUGAAAUUACAUUCGAAGAGCCAGUACUCUCAAGAAUGUAUCUUAAGAUUGCAUUUGCACAGUCCCUAUUGUUGAAUACCUUUUCUAUAGUUACACGCAUAAAGAAGAGCAAUGCCAAAUGACUCAGGCCUUCGUUGCCAAACAGCUCAAAACAAAAGUGUUAGAAAUAAUUAUUACAUUACUGUCUCGACAUACAACGAAACACGUUUUCACAAGUGGAUGGUAUACAGCAUAAAUGCAAGUUACAGAAAAAUUAUUAAAGUUAAAAAUAAACAAACAGUGGUUAGCCUGUCGGGUUGCAGAUAGAAAUAUUCAAAGGUUUAGCCAUAGUAAUAUAACAGUGUCGAUUGUUAUACCUGUGAGAGUGAAUUUCACUUUCUGGUUCGUAGUACACGUAUAUUAGGUAGUGUGUAAGGUUAUUAACUAGUUGUCGUCUCUCGGUCAGUAGUUCAAAAUUAGGAAUGGAUGGCUAUGUCCACACCAUACGGGCCACUGAAGUGGCCGUUUAUCGACAACACAAACACAAUUUUAAAAUCGUAUUAUUCUACCAAAACAGAUUUUCUUUGUUUAAAGUAUUAUUUUCUGUUAGAUUUUAUAUUUUUACAAAACUCUGAAAGACUGACUUGCUAACGAUUUUAAUAUUCCCACCAACAAGUUGAAAAUUCAUUAUGAAACAAACGAUGAUAUACAGACUUUAAGUCCAAUUACUGUCCAUCAGUGAUGAUAUACAGACUUAGGCCAAUUAUUGUCCAUCAAUGAUGAUAUACAGACUUAGAAGCCAAUUAUUGUCCAUAAAUGAUGAUAUACAGACUUAGAGGCCAAUGUCCAUCAAUGAUGAUACACAGAUUUAAAGAGACAUUAUUGUCCAUCAGUGAUGAUAUACAGACUUAUAGGCCAAUAAUUGUCAAACAAUGAUGAUAUACAGAUUUAGAUGCCAAUUAUUGUCCAUCAAUGAUGAUAUACAGACUUAGAGGCCAAUUAAUUAUCCAUCAAUAAUGAUAUACAGACUUGGAAGCCAAUUAUUGUCCAUCAAUGAUGAUAUACAGAUUUAAAGAGACGUUACUGUCCAUCAAUAAUGAUAUACAGACUUAGAGGCCAAUUAUUAUCCAUCAAUAAUGAUAUACAGAUUUAAAGAGACGUUAUUGCUCAUCAAUGAUGAUAUACAGAUUUAAAGAGACAUUAUUGCCCGUCAAUAAUGAUAUACAGAUUUAAAGAGAUAUUAUUGCCCGUCAAUGAUGAUAUACAGAUUUAAAGAGACAUUAUUGCCCGUCAAUAAUGACAUACAGAUUUAA